CAUAGAAUGCAGUCAAGUGUCUCACCACACCUCCUGAGCUUAUGUACUGCAUUUACAUUAACCACGUGAUGAGCCGGCUCCUCGCGUGCAGAUCUCCCAAAUCCCCUGUAGGUGUCAUUUGAUCCUUUAAACAACCCCUUUUUCCCCCAAGAUAUACAAUUCAGCCAUUACCUGGCAACCAUCUCUGGGACGACGGCUUCAAGGGCGAGGAACGCAGGUGUAGCCCAGCAGCCUUUAAGAAACAAACCCCUCUCAGACGAUCGUGAAAGCCUCCAGUCUGCGGACCACAACCCUUGCUGCACAUUCAAUGUGCUGCCUUGACCUGUUGGCAUAAGCGGGGAGAGUGUACCGAGAAGGGGGGUUUCUGUGCUCACAAUGGGGUCUUCAGGCCACCCUGCACGGUGGCUCCAGAGGAAGAUGUGUGGCAGAACGGCCGGCAGGGACAGAUAGUGCAGGGCAAAGCUGCAGAAGCAGACAUCUGAACAGAGAUGUUGCCCAGACAAGACAUCAAGGUCCACCCAGACGAAGUGGACAGCCAGCGGAAAGUACACCAGCUGCUGUUCAACAUCAAGAAGCGCAGCCUAUUUGCCUCCUGGAUAAAGCAGAACAUCAAGAAGAAAGAGUGCUGCUUCUACAGUGAGAAUGAAAGCAAAGGGUUCUGCAUGUGUGGCUACCCCAGACAUUAUCAUGUGGAAGAUGCUUUCAAGCCUGACGAGUUUGUGGGUGAGACGUGGGACAAACACAAACACAUUCGGGAGGUGCCCACAGACGCCUAUGGAGACAUCAGCUUCGGUGGACUGGGGCAUAAAAUAGGAAAGUAUGUGCGAGUGUCCACAGACACCUCCACUGAUGUCCUGUACGAGCUGAUGACUGACCACUGGAAGCUCCGCCCACCUAACCUUCUCAUCUCUGUGACGGGCGGAGCCCAGAACUUCUACAUGAGGACCCGGCUGAAGGAGAUGUUCCGCAGGGGGCUGAUUAAGGUGGCCAAAACCACAGGUGCGUGGAUCCUGACUGGGGGCACAAACACGGGGGUGAUGAAGCAUGUCGGGCAGGCAGUGAGGGACUACGCCCUGACCACCAGCACAACAGAGGAUCAAAUUGUGGCAAUCGGCGUGGCAACCUGGGGGACUUUGCUCAACCGGCAUGCUCUGGUGAACACGGAGGGCUGCUUCCCAGCUCACUACUCCCUGGACGAGCAGAACCAAAGCAGGCUGGCUUGUCUGGAUUUCAAUCACUCCCACUUCUUGCUGGUGGACGAUGGGACGCACGGGACCUACGGUGUGGAGAUAGCUCUCCGCAGCAAGCUGGAGAAACUCAUUUCCCAGCAGCCCCUGGGGGACAAAGAGUGUGGGCUGAAGGUCCCUGUGGUUUGCGUGGUGCUAGACGGUGGACCAGGGACCCUGAAUACGAUCUACAACGCCAUGCUCAACGGCACCCCGUGUGUGAUCCUGGAGGGCUCGGGACGGCUGGCCGACGUCAUCGCCCAGGUUGCGGAACGGCCCAUAGCCCAAGUCACCCUCGCCCUCAUUCGCCAGCUGAUGAUGAAGUUCUUUGGCCAAGAGUACGAGAGGUUCAAAGAGCGGCAGCUCAUUGAGUGGACCAAGAAGAUCCAGGACAUUCUCAGGACGCCCCAGUUGCUGACCGUGUUCCGCAUCGAUGAGGAGGGACAGAAUGAUGUUGACGUAGCCAUCCUCCGAGCUCUCCUCAAAGCUUCCCGGAGCAGUGGCCAGGAAACCUGGGAGCAGGAGCUGGAGCUGGCAGUAGCCUGGAACCGUUUGGACAUAGCAAAGAGCGAGAUCUUCACUGAGGAGAGCCAGUGGAAGUCCAGCGACCUGCACCAGGCCAUGCGGUCAGCCCUGGUUGGCCACAAGCCAGACUUUGUGAAACUGCUGCUGGAGAAUGGGGUGUGCCUGAGGCAGUUCCUGACAGAGGACAUCCUGGUCGAUCUAUACAGCCACCUGGAGACGGGCUGCAUCUUCCUGCGCAGGCUGGCCAAGCGCAUGAAAAGUGAGAGGGGUCGCAAGGGUUGCCAGGAUUUGGCUGGCCGGAGCACUAUGUGUCUCCGCCACGUGUCUGAUGAAGUGCGCCACUACCUGGGCGGCUUUACAGAGCUCAUCUACCCCCCUGCCUCCACCCGGCCACGCAUCGAGAUGCCUGAGGACCACAUCCGCGUCAUGUUUCCCCCCAAAGGGCCAACGGAGCUCCAGAACAUUCCAUCCAACUGGCCGGACAGGGACACAGAGGGGUUGCGGUACCCAGGGAGGGACCUCUUCCUCUGGGCCAUCCUGCAGAACAGAAAGGAGCUGGCUGAGAUCGCCUGGGAACAGUGCAGGGACAGCAUGUGCGCUGCGCUAGCUGCUAGCAAGAUCCUGAAGAAGCUGGCACAGGAGGAAGUUGAUGAGGAUGACGAGGCAGAAAAGAUGUGGGAGCUGGCUGAUUACUACGAGAAACAGGCCAUUGGUGUGUUCAGUGAGUGCUACAGCCACGAUGUGCAGCGUGCCCAGAGGCUUCUGAUUCGAAUCUCUCCAUCCUGGGGCAGGACCACCUGCCUACGCUUGGCUCUGGAGGCUGAUGACAAGAGCUUUGUAGCUCACGCUGGAGUACAGGGGCUGCUGACGCAGAUCUGGUGUGGGGAGCUGGCAGUGGACAACCCCCAGUGGAAGAUGUUGCUGUGUAUGCUGUUCCCCCCUCUGAUCUACACGGGCCUGCUGACCUUCAGGCGUGAUGAGGACAUACACAGGGAGACUCAGCGAAAGGAGAGGAUGCUCACAAUGGAGUCUGUGACAAGAAGUUCAGUUGCGUCUCAGAUCCGGGAUUAUAUGGAGAAAACAGACCUGCAGCCACUUACCUGUACUUCACGUUUGGUCAGCUUCUUCAGCUCAUCGCAGAUCAAGUUCUACUGGAACAUUGUGUCUUACUUUGGUUUCCUGUGGCUCUUUGCCUAUGUGCUGAUGAUAGACUUCCAGACGCCACCCUCUUGGAAAGAAUACCUGCUGUAUGGGUGGCUUGCCUCGCUUGUGUGUGAGGAGAUACGCCAGCUGUUUGAUGACCCUGAUGGAUUUGGCUUCCGGAGGAAGUCCAUGAUGUACAUCAGUGACCUCUGGAACAUUUUGGAUGUGCUAUCAAUCCUUCUCUUCAUUAUUGGACUGGUCUGCAGGUUAACCACUGUUGUGUUCUAUACUGGCAAGAUAAUCCUCUGCAUUGAUUUCAUCGUAUUCUGUCUGCGUCUCAUGGCCAUAUUCACAAUCAGCAAGACGUUAGGCCCCAAGAUCAUUAUUGUGAAGAGAAUGAUGAAGGACUUGUUCUUCUUUAUGUUCUUGCUGAGUAUCUGGGUGGUGGCAUAUGGGGUUGCCAAGCAGGGCAUCCUGAUCCACAAUGAGGAAAGGCUGAACUGGAUAAUACGGGGUGCGGUGUACGAGCCUUACCUCAUCAUAUUCGGGAAUGUCCCCACCAACAUUGACAAUGUGGAGUUUGACAUGAACACGUGCAGUGUGAAUGCGACUGACCCUCUGAAGCCAAAGUGCCCAGUUCUGAAUACUGACUCCACACCAGUGUUCCCCGAAUGGCUCACCAUCAUUCUGCUGUGUGUGUACCUGCUGUUUGCCAACAUCCUGCUGCUCAACCUGCUCAUCGCCAUCUUCAACUACACAUUCCAGGAAGUGCAGGACAAUACUGACAGAAUCUGGAAGUUUCAGCGCUACGAACUGAUCAAAGAAUACCACAGCCGCCCCACCCCACCCCCACCCUUCAUCUUCCUCAGCCAUGUGUACAUCUUCUUCAGGAGGAUGGUGCUCCGCAGCACCCCCAAAAAACACAAGCAGUUCAAGGAAGAGCUGUCACAGUCGGAGGAAGAGGAGGUGCUCUCAUGGGAGGCCUUCAUGAAGGAGAAUCAUUUGGCCAACAGCAAGAGGGACCUGAGCCAGAGCAUGGAGCGUCGCAUUCAGGACACUUCUGACAAGGUGGGAGUCAUGGUGGAGUUACUGGAAGGAGAGCAUGACAAGGAUUCUGGUGCCAUGGCGAAAAGGCUGGCCCACCUGGAGGAGCAGGUCUCCCAGUCCGUUAAAGCCUUACAGUGGAUAAUGGACGCCCUCAAAUCCCAUGGUUACGUGACGAAGGAAGAAGCCCCUGUGUUGUCACUACAAAGAACAAUCACAGAGACUGACAUAGCAGUAUCCAUGAGAGAGAAAGGGACGGAGAAGACUUUUGGAGAAUACCACGUCAACGCCCGGUGUCUCCAGUACCCUGACAGCACUGUGGAUCGAUUCCCUGUGCCAGAGGAGAUGGUGCCCUGGGAGGUAGAGUUUGACGAUUAUGAGCCCCCCAUAUAUAACGCUGAUGAGUCGGAGCAGCCCAGCGGCUCUGACACCACUUUGGACAAAUACAGAAACCCAGAGGGAAGGACGGGGAUAAAGGGGAAAGGGGCACUGGAUCACCUGGGACCAAACCAGGUUCUGGAUCCGGUCCUCACACGUUGGAGAGAUGAUCAGAAAUCUGCUCUAGAGUUCCUGGCUGUGUGGGAUAAGAAGGAGGGGAUCUGGACAAUACCUGGGGGGCGCGUGCUCUCCGGUGAGAUUCUCCCACAGAGGCUGACCAGCAUACUGGGCGAGAAGCUAAAUGAUCAGAUCAAAGACAAACUAGCCAGCAAAGCUGAGGUAAACGAGGUGUUUACUGGUUAUGUGGAUGACCAAAGGAACACAGAUAAUGCCUGGUUGGAGACAACUGCUUUCAACAUACACCUUGACAGGAGGGGUUUGUUGAUGGCUGAUCUUAAUAACAUGGCUGAGAGCAGCCAGGUCUCGGAAGAGCUGGUAAAGUGGCAGGAAGUCAGCAGCAGGACGUUGGCAUGUGCGUACCAGAGAGAGCUCCUUCGCAAGGUUGCUGAGCUUCACUGCAGGCGCUUCUGAUACCUUCCUGGUGCCAUCGCUCAACACAGAGACUGUACCGGCUAUGUACAAUCCCCAGAGCACUUCAUGUUUAUGUUAUAUAUGUAAGGCAUUAAGAUAAAUAUUCUCCUCUGAGUGAAUCACCAUAAGUUUGGCUGCAUAUUCAGAACUGAUUCAUGUAGACUCUCCGUGGAAAAUAAGUGGGAUCAAAUAAUUUCCUAUGACUCAUGUCUUAGGUGUGAUUCCAUGUCCAAAAUAAAGAAGCAUUAGUCAAUGAAUGCUUGACACAGCUUCAAAAAGCCAUUUAUAAUGUGUGUGGUGCCAUUUUUUAUGCGUGCAUUCACUGAAUGUGCAAAAAACUUUUAAGCCUUAAAAAUGCACAUCUUAAGAAACUGCUAGAGAAAGCUUGCAUAAUCUCACUAAAGGAUUAUGUGAAUGCCUUCUUUGACAUUUUACGGGUUUGUGGAAUCAAAAACUUUAAUUUUUUUUCUGUAUUUACACGUUUUCAGAUUUUUUUUUUUCCUUUUCCAUUCAUCAUUAGUCAUUAUCUAAUGCUCUAGAUCACACUGUAUGUACUUACUGCAUAACUAUGAAAUGAUAUAUAAAAAACCAAUACAUCAACAUAAUGUGAAAAAUGUAAAAAUGUGAAUAUUUAAUAAAGGAAAUGAGACUGUU